AGCCACACCCUGCAAUUAGCUGCUAGCUUAGCUGCCAAGGGCGAGUUUUUCUCUGUCGGCUCGUGUUUGUUUCUUGUUCCUGGUUAUAUCCCUAGCUUUAAAAGACAUGGCCACAGGAGGAGAUUCUAGCAUUGUAACAACUCAGCCAAAGUCUCGCCGAAGGGAAAUCGAGGAAUUUGUUCGUGACCUUGACCCGCUACAGGUCGCAGAUUGGUCUGAAGCUGAUGUUGUUGAGCGAUUCCUCAAACCCGUUGGAAUGGAGUUCAUGGCCAAAGCUUUUAUGGAGAACAAGAUCAGUGGGCCAGUAUUAAUAGCACUGUCUGAAGACCACAUGAAAGAGAUGGGCUGUGCUGUACUUGGUGAUAGGAUACUCUUCAUGGAAUACUUGCAACUCCUUAAAAAGCAUAAGCGUGAUGCCGAUCGCAGCCGGGCAUUGUGGAGUGGUACCACUCCUGUCUUGAAAUGUGCUUAUAGUCGAAACUGUGGAGAAUUCAUGUUCCACUUGUGUUGCCCCUGCUGUGUGCCUACCACUGAAUGGCGUAUAACUGGACAAGGUAUUCGCUGGAGGAGAAACAGGGCAGCCAUUAACUGCUGUGGAGAUGUUGAAACUCAGUUUAUUGACUAUCGUUUCUUGAAAGAUCUUGAGCUCCGAAAGGAGCCGAAAUGUUGCUGUUUCUGCGUUGGUAAAGAGCUUCUCAUUUAUGCUGAUGACAAAGAUGCUACUGCUGUCAGGCAGUCCAAAUCAACUGGUGGUCCUGAAGUUGAUGCUGAGCCUGUCUCAAUCUUGCAUCCUGAAGUUGAGAAGGCAGAGUCACUCAUACGUAAUGCUUGGGCAGACUCUAAACUGGUUGCUGAUUAAAGAUAUAGCUGCUCCUGGUAUUUAUGCAAUCUAAUGUAAGCCGUAAAGAACUCACCAAAUUAAAUUAAAAGGAGUAUUAGUGCUUCGUUGAUUAAUUAUAUAUUAGGACUUGCACCUUUUUUAUCGUUUCCAAGCAAUAACAAUAAUAAUUUUAUUAUUGUACUUAUUAGUUUUGUAAUUUUCAUCUUGUUGAAAAUGAAUAUGUUUAAAUAAUAAA